CCACUUCUUAUCAGUUGCGCUAGUGGUCUGUCUACAUCACAUGUUUUUGACCAUUUCAAUUAACGUUUGUCCUUUUGUUUACGCUCAACGUCAGUCGAAUUUAAACAAGUUCAAAUUUAAUAUCAAACAGUCAAAAUUCUUUCCAAAAAAUUGAAUAAUUGCAUGAAAGAUGGAGUUAGGCGUUUUAAAGGGUCCCAGCGAACUUAUAGCAUCUCGAGUGAAAGCUUUCAAAAAAUGCCUCAGAGUGGCCACUGAUUGUCUAACAAAUAAAGAUUAUCCAAACGCUGAAAUGAUUUACGGAGGUAUUUUGGCCGAUUUGCACAAAGAUUGCAUUGUUGAGGUUCUGAAUUUGAACGAUCUUGAGCUUUUCUCUUUGCAUAUUUGCUUUGCUUAUUCCUCAAUUGGAGCUAAUUACAAAUCAGAACAAGCUUUGGUUAUUUUGAACUCCAUACACGAACCUAUAAAACUUCCAUUGGUGCCUUAUCUCAAAGCGUUUAUUCAUAUCUCGAACGAUAGACUGUCGUUUGCUAAUGACGAGUUACAGUUUUGUAAUAGUUUAUUGAAGGAUGGUUAUAAUUUCAAGUCAAAUGAUAUAUUGAAUGAGAAGAUCGUACCUGAAAUAAGCGACGAAUUUUUAAAGUUGAAACUAAACGGAUUGAAAUUUAUUUGUGAUUUGUUGUUGGCUAGAGAAGAUAACACCAACUUGAAGAGGUGUUUUAAAGAAAAUUGGUUGAAAAUUGGUACUCUUUGUGAACCCGAUUUUGAAAGUUUAACAAAGAAUACUGUAAAAGAGACUCCAAAAGAGGAAAAGGUCACAAAGAAAACCAAAAAACAAACCGGAGCAAUCAAAAAAAUGGAAAAACCAGCCCAAAGUAAUAAAAGUAUUGCUAUCCAAACUGCUCCCUCAAAAGGGAUAAACGUUUCUGUCCAAACAAUGGAGAAAGACAUCGAUAAGCAAUUAUUGGCAGCUGUUCUUGAAAUUAAAAAUAGAUUAAAUAACAUACAAAACAAGAAAGAUGGCGAAAUCAAACAACUUCAGAAGAAAAACAACGAACUUAAUGAAAAACUUGUUGCUACAAAUAGCACGGGGGAGGAGAAAUCCCCCGAGUUUGAAUUUUUGAAAGACCAGUAUCUUGUCCUAGAGAAAAAAUUUGAGCAAACACAGAAACAAAACGAACUGUUGCAAAAACUGCUCAUCGAGCAAAUGCAACAAAGAUAUCAAAUGCAGAAAAGUAUCUACCAAAUGUUUGAAGAAAAAUGUGACUAUAGGUUUUCAUACUUGAGCGAUCUUUACCAAUAUUUGUACCCUAGCGAUAAACCAACGCCAGAAGAAUGCAAACAGGAAGCGUUCUUGUGGAAAAAUACACAGGAUAAGGUUUCAGAAGCAAAAAAACUAUUUGAGGCAUAUUAUAAAACAGUUGAUGACCUAAUAAUUGCAAAAAAAUAUGCUGAAGUUAAAAUAAGCGACUGGCCUGGAAUACCCAAUAUUCCAAACGACAUUCAAGAUGUUAUUUACCGCAGUUUUAAGAGUAUGGUUCAAUUUAAUAAAAACAUUUACAGUGCUACGCGUCCACAACAACAGUAUCUGUCUGCGUUGGGUAAUUAUGGAAACUUCAAAGAAUACGUGCGAAAAUCCAAUAAUUACUCCAAUAACUACAAAAGCUACCAUCAAGACGGAAGAACUACAGGGUCCCCGUCAUAUUCACAAACUCCACCUCCUCCUCCCCCAUCCAAUACCAAUGGAUAUCCUCCAUCUGGAAAUGGAUGUCCUCCUCCUGCCAACCAAAAUGGAUAUCAUCCUCCAUCUGGCCAUAGAUAUGCUUCCCCAACCCCCAACAAUGGAUAUCCUCCCUCCUCUAAUGGAUAUCCUCCUCCACCCCCCAACGUAUAUCAGCCACAGCCACCUAAUAUUAGGAAACAGGUGUCGCCUCCGUCACCCCCUAGAGUUAAUUCUGUUAAUGUGUAUCAACUAGAACAAGAAUUGCUUAAAUUUCUUCAAAUUACUUUCGAUAGCGUUCCCGAAACUGAUUUGCUAGAAGCGAUUUGCCUAGUUCGCGAUAACAAUAACGGUGGUAAUCUUAUAGGAAUUCCGAAACAAGUACUAGUUCCUGAAAUUAAGAAAGCUUUGAAAAUGAAAAGUGCGAAAAAUGCAUGGAGCAAUGUGUCUCAACCUGCCUGGCACAACGAUCAUAGUGAACAUAAAUGCUGUAUUUGUUUUGAAGAUUUUGAUCCUAGUAACAGCCAUAUGCUAUCGUGUCAGCAUGAGUUUCAUAAACAGUGCAUUACUAACUGGCUGAAACGACAAAGUGCCUGUCCGGUGUGUAGAGUGCACGCCGUUAUUGAUGAGGAGUUUCCACCACUGAAGUCUUAAUUUUUGUUUGAGUUGUGUUAUUUCUAUAGUUUAUUGUUUUUAUGUUUUGCCGCUUUUAUGAUGUUAACACAAUGAUAUAUUCUAUUAAUUAGCCCAAAAUUAAGUAGUUAUUAUAGGUAUAUUCAGUAUUUUCAAUAAAGUAUUUUCAAUAUCAAAAAA